AGGGCUUCUUCGUUCUAAAUCGCGAUGGAGGCGGUGUUGUGUGUGCCUUAUUCUUCGUCCAGAUUUUCCCAAUUUCACGCUCUUUUUCUUCCUUCUCCUCCUCUGUUCAUCCCUGCAAGAUAUUCUCUCACACCAUUCUAUAGUUUCAACUUCUCAAUUCAUCUUCUACCAAAAUGCAAGGAGGAGAAGAUGUAAGCAUGGAAGAGUUGGCUACUAAUCUCUCUACCUACAAAGACCAGCUUCAGCAGGUCAGGGAGCUGUUAGAUGAUGAUCCUGGCAACUCUGAGUACAUAGAUAUGGAAAAGGAGCUUGAAGAGGUUAUCGCCUUGACGGAAGAGCUUCUUUCAACAGCAAAGCAAAAUGAGAUUUCUGGAUCAAAUGUAGAAACUGGUGAUGACAGUGCAUCAAUUAGUUUCCAGCAGACAAAAGGAAAUAAGAUGGAAGCUGAAAGCAUGUCUGACUAUCACGAAAAAUUUCCUAUUGGAACAAAAGUUCAAGCUGUUUGGAGCGAGGAUGGGGAGUGGUACGAUGCUACAAUUGAAGCCCAUACUGUAAAUGGUUUCUAUGUUAGUUAUGAUGGUUGGGGAAACAAAGAAGAGGUGGACCCUGCUAAUGUAAGAACAAUCCAACUGGAAGUUAAUGCUUUGCUUGAAGCAGAAAGAAUGGCUGAAGCUACAAAACAGGCUAUCAAGCGCAAGAUUGCUCAAGCUGCUUCUGUUGACUUCCAAUCACGAAAUUUACCAUCAAGGCUUCGAAUUGAACCUGAUGAUCCUGAGGAUGUAAAAGCCACCAAACGCAAGAAAAUACAUGCUUUCAAGUCAAAGAUGCGCAUAGAACAGCUUGAAGUUACCCAGAAUAAACGGCAGAAUGCUUGGCAGCAGUUUCAGUCAGCAAAAGGCAAGUCUAAGAAGAUUGGCUUCUUCUCUGGGCGCAAGAAGGAGAGCAUUUUCAAGUCUCCUGAUGAUCCAAAUGGCAAGGUUGGUGUGACUGGAAGUGGCAAGGGUUUGACUGAGUUUCAGAAGAGGGAAAAACACUUGCAUCUCAAGGGUGCAUCGGUGGAGAUGGAUGAUUAAGGGCAGGUCAGAUUUUGUAGGUUGCUGCUUUCUUUGUAUGUAUCUUCAUUUAGUAUCCAUUUGGGGCCAUCUUUCUGGUUAGAUUCAUAUAAAUGGUUAUACCUGUACUAAAAGCUUAGGUUGGGGGAUGAUUCCCUCUGGGUAACAUAGUUUUCUUAUAAGAAUGGUUACGAAGCCUAGCCAUGACAGGAUCUCUUUUCUUUGACGUUUUAUUUUACGUUCUGUUUCCUUAUUAUGUGAAAAACCCAGCAAUUGUGUUCAAAUUUCCUCUCCCUCUAAUCACCCUUCAUUAGCAAUGAAAAGAGUGAGUUCUAUCCUAAGAUGUUUAUGGGAGCUUAAUUUAUAACAUAGCAUUUGCUUA